UUGGCCCGAUUUCAAUCGAUAUUAACAUGCAUGAUUGUGGUCAGUACUGACCAGUCACGACUGACUGACCGCACUGACCAGGGGAGCGUGCCUUGUCAAGAUCUAACCGGGGAAUUCGGCUAGUUUGGCUCCGUACACCAUGUCUGAAUUCACGGCAUAUGACACCACCUAUCUGUGGAUUGUCAUCGUUGGUUUCAUUGUUUCAUUCGUCUUAGCUAUUGGUCUCGGUGCCAAUGAUUGCGCCAAUUCCUUCGGCACUGCCGUUGGCUCAAAGGUCUUCACACUUUUUCAAGCAUGCAUAUUGGCGGCCAUAUUUGAGACCUUGGGAGCGAUUCUGCUCGGUUCGCGUGUAUCUGACACUAUAAGGAAAGGCCUGUUUGACCCCACACUAUACGAGGGAUACGAGCAAGUCUUGUUGAUCGGAAACCUGUGUGCCCUCGGCUCUUCUUGCAUUUGGCUGCUUGUCGCUACGGUUGCCAAGCUACCGGUUUCUGCCUCGCACAGCAUUGUGGGAGCAACCUUGGGCUUCCAUCUUGUCAUGUUUGGAGGUCAGGGCAUCGACUGGGCUGUGGUCGUCAAAAUAGUUAUUUCCUGGUUCGCAUCACCAUUGUUGUCUGGCAUCAUCUCUUGUUUAAUAUUUCUGGUCCUGAAAUACUCCAUGCUUGAAAGGAAGCAGCAGCUAAAGUGGGGCCUGCUUUGUAUUCCCGCCUGGUACUUCAUCGUCAUCUUCAUCAAUUUCUUCUCCAUUUUCCUGGGUUCAGAUCUUGUUAUUGACAACGUUGGUAUUUGGUUGGUGCCCGUGAUUGCAGUCAGUGUGGGUCUAUUCGUUGCCAUGGGAGUGUAUUUAUUCCUGGUACCCUACACCCGCACACGAGCUUUGGGGAUUUUGAAGCUCGAGGCACAGAAGGCAGCAGAAGAAGCGACUGGAAAAGAAACUAACAUUGAUCUGGAAAUGCAAGAAGACAAACAAGAAAACCGAAUUGAGAAGAGCGCAACAUCCGAAGACAAAAUGGCGGACAAUCCCGAUAGCAUUCUGUUUCUUAAUGGCAACAGCGCGCAGAAUCCCAAUCAAAACAACAGCAACAGCACAAGUCAAUUAAAAGGUCAAGGGUCGGAUGAGGUCAAGGAUGAGGUCAUUAUCGAGGUCAAGCUAGAAAAAGAGGAAAAACAAGACGAAUUGGCUGCCUUGGACAAUGGGAACCGGCAACGAAUCGGAAAGGAAUCUGCGGCCUGGUUGUCGGUUAAAGACACCACGGAAGUAGCGGUGAUCUGCGGGCCAAUGCAGGGGCUCUCCGCCUGCUUUGCGGCGUUCUCGCACGGUGGGAAUGAUGUCAGCAAUGCCAUUGGACCAUUGGUCAGCUUAUACCUGAUCUACACGCAAGGUGAGGUAUCUACCUCAGCCUCUACGCCUAUCUGGCUGCUACUGUACGGUGGAGUGGGCAUCACGGUGGGUCUAUUCGUGCUGGGACGGAGGGUGAUACAGACCGUUGGCUCGGACUUGACACCCAUGACACCAAGCAACGGCUUUGCUAUCAAUUUAGGUGCGGCAGUUACUGUCCUAAUAGCUUCCAACCUAGGUAUACCUGUCAGUACCACCCAUUGUCUGGUAGGCUCGGUGUGCGCUGUAGGUUUUUUAAGGUCACGACAAAGUGUAGACUGGCGCCUCUUCAGUGGCAUCUUCAGUGCUUGGAUCGUCACAGUACCCAUCACUGUGCUACUCAGCGCCGCUCUGAUGGGCCUCCUGCAACACACUGUGCCCGGCAUAUGCACGCUGGAGCCUAGGAACACGACUGAGGUGUUUAUGUCGCUAAUGCAGUGACGACGUCAAAACGAUUUUACUUUGAAAGGACCAUUGAUUUAACUUUAUGAAAGUUAUUUUUAUUACAGGAAGGACAGCUAUUAAUAUUGCCAGUGGUUUCAUAGGCAAACACAACUAUUAUGGAGAUAGAGGAGCCAUAAACACUGCGGUAAAAAUAGACGUUUUGUGGCAGAUUGUCAUGGCAUAGUCGCAGUAACCUUUUUGAGAUACAGUGGGCACGAUAGGGCGUGUACUGUAUGAGGCUGUCAAACCCGGAGACAAGUUCCCGCUAUGGCUAAAUUUGAACAGCAGUGGAACAGUUAACAUUGCUUACGAUCUAUACUAUCAUCAAUAAUAUAAAACUGUUUAAUAUAAUUUACCAUUUGUAUUUAAGUUGCUGCUUUUUCUACUAUCGCGUCAAACUGUUCUGCAUGCAGGGUAAAAUAUAUAUUAAAUGUGUAACUAUGUUGCGAUUUGUGGACACGACAUGAUGAAGAUGGAAUGAAUCUAACGACAACUUGCACAAAUCGCAUAUGGCUGAAUUCUGUUUGUCAAAAUUAGCUUUAUUAUUAUUUAAUUAGCUUAAACUAAAAGCUACUGAUACUGAUAUUUUGUAUUACAAAAUAUCGAUCAGUAUCGUGAAAUAUCAGUCGAAAAAUGAAUCAUGACUCAUUUGAAUAAUAAAAAAAUCUAUAUAUAUACAUGUAUUUAUG